AUGUUGGCAACAAGACCAAUUUUGAAGAAGAUAAAUAAAGCAGUUUCCACUGCUUCCGCUAGAAAUUUCGGAAUUAUGCAGGAGUAUAACGAAAGAAAGAACAAGAAGCUGAUCAAUAACAUUGCUGUUACUGAAGAACCAAGAUUCUGGCUUACUUCUUCCAGACCAUCUAACUUCGGAGACCAUUUGGACACUAAGACUAAAGUUGACAACUGGUUCGAUGAAAAUAGAUUGUGGAAUGAGGAAAACAAGGAUUAUGAGAUUAAGAGAGCUCAAAUCUAUAUGCUCCAGGGAUUCAUUAUGUCUUCAUACUGCCUCGGAAUCAAAGGAAUUGCUACAGUCGUGUACAAUCAAAUGAUCACAAGAGUUAGAUAUAUCAGAGACUCAUACAAAGAAUUAAAUAUUAAAGAGCUUCCACCAGGUGAAGUACUCCAGACUUCUUGGAAUGGAGAACUGAUCUUUGUAAGAAGAUUAACUCCUUCCGAAGUCACUCAAUCAGAAGCUGCCAAGCCAAGUGAAAUUCUAGAUAAAGAAUCCAAACCAUUCUUGUCGCCAGCUACUUCUCAGAACUCUACAAUCUUGGUCUGCUCUGCUAUUUGCACUCAUUUAGGUUGCAUUCCAGUCCCAUAUCUAGGAGCACACAAGGGGUGGGUAUGCUUGUGUCAUGGAUCAGUCUUCGAUAAAUACGGAAGAGUUAGACAGGGACCAGCCCAGAGAAACCUCCCAGGUAUUAAUAAUACUGAAUAUGAUGGUAUCCUCUGUAUUGAAGAAAUGGUCUUCCCUAAUGAGCCAGAAGGAUUCUUAUAUGUAUAA